AUGCUUUUAAUAACAUCAACAUUACUCAUAUUUAUAAAAAUCUGCCAGUGUUCCUAUGAAUUUACGGCACACAAUUUUGUUAAUUAUAAAGUUGGAGGCAGUGAUUAUGGAAUCCAAUACUUGGCUGUUCACGGGAAGCUGAGGCAAUUUCUACCUGAUAAAUUCGGUUUCCCGAACGAGGAAUCAAAUGUGUUUGCAGAUUCCGAUACGUUUAGCAACGAGCUUUCCAAAUUGCUGAGGAGCGGAAGGAAUGUUUACCUGUUAAAAUUUAACGACCUCCUCACCAAAAGGUUCCACUGGAUCUUCUUCAAAAGUGUUCUCAAGACGAGCAACAACACGGUGCUCCUAAUAUUGCCCAAGAAGAACGAUAUUCUUUCCGGAGGGAACAAGUAUUGCGACGAAGCGCACGCCACGGACUUCGCAAACACGAAGCUACAAAAGUGUAACACUACUAACAACACGAGGGUUCACGAGGACACUCUGAGCAAGUUCGAGAGGUACUUGUAUAAAUCGAGGCCGAAAUGUUCAUUGUCACUCACGGAAAUGGAUGACAAUAUCGCAGAAAUUCUAAAGCACACGAAACACUCAGGCGUUGGCGCCGUUAACGUUGAUGUAGGUGGCUUAUUUAGUGAUGAUGUGAGGGUGAGCACGCCCAGAUUUGACGCGAAUCCCAUCACCAACUUCUUGACAAUUAAUUUAUUUGGUGAAUUGGCCAUGAAGACCACCGAUGCCGUAGAGAGUGGCCCCAAGGACCCGAAAAAGGUGCUUGUCACGUGCAGCCUUGACACCUUCGGGGUCCUGCAAACAUACUCGAGUGGAGCACAAUUCAACUCAAGUCUCGUGUUCGUGCUCGAGCUUACGCGAGUGCUGAAUUCGCUGGAGAACCCGCACUACGAGUUGGUGUUCCUUCUUCACUCAGGGUCAGUGGUGGACUACGCGGGACUGCGCUACUUUCUGAGAAGCAAGAAGGACUUUGAGUUCGCAGUGCACUUUCAGGACCUGACGGGCGACAGCUUGUAUCUGCACAUGCUGAAGUCGCAGGAAUCGUUGCUGGAUCAGUACGCAAAGGUGUUCUCAAGUAAGAUGAACAUUUCUAAGACGUUUAAGCACCCGAACCCGCAAGAGAGGAAGGAGAAGUCAGAAGCCAAGACGCUAGACUUUAACCACGUGGUCGAGGACCGACACGAAGUGAAUCUGCCAAACGACGUAGACUUUGAAACUCUGACCUCGUUCACAAUAACGAGUUCGCCAGAGAUGUUGCCACUAUAUAAGUCAUCAUACUCACUGACACACAGAUUCGACGUUGACUUGUUGACGCACAGGAUAGUAGAUGCAGCGAAGGCCUUCGCACAUUUGCUAAAAACUGCACCGCCUGAAUUGAAUAAUGAAGAGAUCAGAUCGAAUGUGUUGAAGUGGGAGAACAAAUUGUCGGAGCCCAGGAAUAGCCUCACGGGAAACCUGCUGUUGCUGGAGUCGGUGAAGGACGUGAUCUCAUACCUGGAAAGUAACCUCAGGAAGGUGCAGGUGCAAAAUUUUAGAACAGUGUUCACGACGUACAAGUUCUUCUCCUCGGCGGCGAACAGGUGCACAGUGUACACGACGAAGCACCCGGCAUUCGACAUCGUGGUCUUCGCACUGGUGCUCCUCUACGUGCUGACAGUGUGGAGCGUGGCGAGAGGCUCAGUCAAGGUGGCAGUGGAGGACAUAGCAGGCCUGUUCCAGAAAAUGCUCAACGAGAACAACUUCAAGUUCAAAAAAAGAUAA